AUGGCUUCUCCUAGCAAAGAUAAAUCUAUGGAAUACGACAGGCAAAUGUAUAAGAAACCUGAAAAACCAAAAAAUCAUUUAGCUGGACGAGUUAAUAAAUUUCAAGAAAAAGUAAAUCAAACACAGGCGCCACCUCCACCAGAAAUUACGUCGAUACAUCAUCAACCCGAUAUGGAUUAUAAUAUACUAAAUGAAAUAAAGCAUGUCCAUCAACUUAUUAAGGAUAAUGGACAACAAGGUGAUUAUGCAAUACAAAUUAAAUUCGGUGAAUUAAUACCAAUCUAUGGAAGUGCUCAAAUUGAUAAAUUAACUGAAGUCUUAGCGAUUGCACGUAAAAAUGGUUAUAUUAAUUACAAUCUUAAUGAUUUCUUACGACAAGAUCGAGAUGAAGAUAUUUAUGUUAAAUUAAUUAAAACACCCUAUUGA